AUGAGUCGACAGUGCUACACCUCCAGCUCUCUCCUGGGAAGACGGGGCUUUUCCUCCGCGUCCGCUGUCUGCGGCCUCGGCAGGGGCAACAGCAGCUCAGCCUCCGUCUGCCAACCGGUGGGACGGAGAUGUGGAAUCGGUGGCUUCAGCAGCCGGAGCGUCUGCGACCUGGGGAGAGGGCAAAGGAUUUCCUUCGGCGGGAGCUGCCGCAGCGGGGUCUACGGCGGCGCCGGCGUCGGACGUUGCGGCGUGGCUUACGGCGGAGGACGCUUUGGCGUGGGCACUGUCGUGGGGUUUGGUAACUGCGGAAGCUACGGGGGCCUGGGCGGCUACAGAGGUCUUGGGGACGGCGUGGCUAUCGGAGGCUAUGGCAGCGGCAUCAGCAUCGGCCUCGGUGGAGGUAGAUCCGAAGGGAUUCGGGGUGUCAGCAUCCACCCGGAGCUCCUCAAGCCCCUCUGCGUGGGGGUCGACCCCGAGGAGUGCCAAGUGCGGACCCACGAGAAAGAGCAGAUCAAGAACCUCAACAACCAGUUCGCCUGCUUCAUCGACAAGGUCCGGCUGCUGGAGCAGCAGAACAAGGUGCUGACCACCAAGUGGGAGCUGCUGCAGCAGUAUGUCCUCCCAGCUUCCCGGAGAAACCUGGAGCCCGUUUUCGAGAACUUCAUCUGCAACCUGAGGAAGCAGCUGGAGUGCGUGCUGGGGGAGCGAGAGAGGCUGGAGAACGAGGAGCGGUGCCUCAGGGACCUGGUUCAAGAGUACAAGUGCAAAUAUGAAGACGAGAUCAACAAGCGCACGGCUGCGGAGAACGAGUUCGUGGUGCUCAAGAAGGAUGUGGACUGUCUCUACCUGACCAAGGAGGAGCUGGAGGUGAGAGUGGGCCUCCUGCGGCAGCAGCUGGAGUUCCUGAAGUGCAUCUACGCCGAGGAGAGAGCUCAGCUGGAUUGCCAACUGUGUGACACCUCUGUCAUCGUGCAAAUGGACAACAGCCGGGACCUGGACAUGGAAGGCAUCAUCAAGAGUGUUGAGUGCUGCUACGAGGAGAUUGCCCAGAAGAGCAAGGCUGAAGUGGAGGCCUUCUACCAAACCAGACUGGAGGAGCUCCACAGCAGCAGGGGCAAGUUCUGCGAUGACCUGAGAAACAACCAGAGCGAGAUAGCCGAGCUGAACAGGAUGAUCCAGAAGCUGCAGUGUGAGUCGGACAACGUGAAGAAACAGAUCGCAGCUCUGCAGACGGCCAUCUGCGACGCUGAGCAGCGGGGCGACUGCGCCCUCAAAGAUGCCCGGCAGAAGCUGAUUGACCUGCAGACCGCACUGCAGCAAGCCAAGGACAAGAUGGCAUGCUUGCUGAGAGACUACCAGGAGCUGCUGAACGUCAAGCUAGCCCUGGACAUCGAGAUUGCCACUUACAGGACACUGCUGGAAGGAGAAGAGAGCAGGAUAUGUACUGGCAACCCUGUGAGCGUAGCUGUGGUCAGCGGCGGUGGCACCGUCGGAGAGUGCCGAUCCCUAUCCGGAAUUGGAGGCAAAUGUGCCGUCAAGACAGGAGGGGCCGGUGCGGGGUUAGGGGUGGUCUCCUCCUUUGGUGUCGCCGGCACCGGCUUUAGCACCCGGAGCGUAGAUUGCCUUCCCAGGGUGGGGGGUGGAUUUGGGGCGAGGAGCGCGGUCAGCUGCGUGGGGCGAGAAGUCAUCUCCGGUGCGGAGGGGGUGCAGUGCACCACCGGCAUGGGCAACCUGGGGAACGUCGUGUGCGCUGGCGUGGAGCAGUGCAGCCCGGGAGCCGUCAUCAUUCCCGGGGCAGGGGUGUGCGGCACCGGGAGCAGGUACAGCACAGCCGUGCGCGUGGUCAGAACAACCCGGUAG